GCGGUUGCAAAUGAACUCCUUCCUUCUUUCUCUCCGAUGCGUACAUGGGAAAACCACUUUCUGUUUUGAUCGUUUUCAGGUCAGAGAAAUUUAGACACUGUGGACCCAAAUUCUGUACAAAACGACAGCAAACGUGACACAUUUGCUUUGUAUCACCAAAAUUUGAGUCAAGUCGAGAAAUCAUUCAAUCAAGCCUCUGGAUUAGAUUAUAAGAAUUGCAUUUCACUGUGUGUGUGUGUGUGUGUGGCUCAUCGGUUUCCACGAUAGCUCCAGUACAUCCGCUUUAAACUAGACUCCGGCAUUUUUGGAGUCACUCACAUGUCAAAACUUUAGAAGGUUAAAAACCCCCUCUUAAACCCAUUACCCUUUCAUCUCCCUCGUGAUCCCUUCUUGCUGCUGCUUCAAUGGCUUCUUCCAUAUCUAGAUUUGUGCUAAAAGAUUGCAAUUUGCAUUAUCGUGAAGCUAUUUAUAGGCCAAACUCUUAUUCCUCUUCCAGUCGGCUAAGAUCUUAUCUGGACCUCGGGGUCCCUGUCCCUGAAAAUGGAAGAAUUUGUACAAUCCAAAGCCAGCUGCGAAGCCCUGUUGUUGCUGUUGCAGCCCCUUCGAGGAACUCACAAAUUUUGUGCAAAGCUGCCACUGAUGUACCUGGAGAUGUUCCCAGUAGCUCACCCAGUGGAAUGACCACGUAUGAAAGGAUAAUUGAAACUCUUACAACCCUUUUCCCCGUGUGGGUUAUACUGGGCACCAUUGUUGGCAUCUACAAGCCUUCUGCGGUUACAUGGUUGGAGACAGAUCUCUUCACCCUUGGCCUUGGUUUCCUCAUGCUUUCAAUGGGAUUGACUUUGACGUUUGAAGAUUUUAGACGAUGUUUAAGAAAUCCAUGGACUGUGGGUGUCGGAUUUUUGGCUCAGUACUUGAUCAAACCAAUGUUAGGCUUUACUAUCGCAAUGACUCUAAAACUGUCGGCACCUCUGGCUACUGGCCUUAUUUUGGUCUCUUGCUGUCCUGGAGGUCAAGCAUCUAAUGUCGCAACCUAUAUAUCAAAAGGAAAUGUAGCACUUUCAGUUCUGAUGACAACGUGUUCAACCAUUGGAGCUAUCAUCAUGACACCUCUCCUAACAAAGCUUCUUGCCGGUCAACUUGUUCCAGUUGAUGCUGCAGGACUGGCUAUUAGUACUUUCCAGGUUGUUUUAGUGCCAACUAUUGUUGGAGUGCUAUCAAAUGAAUUCUUCCCUAAAUUUACUUCAAAAAUAAUCACAGUAACACCUUUGAUUGGUGUUAUUCUCACAACCCUGCUCUGUGCUAGUCCUAUUGGGCAAGUAUCUGAUGUAUUGAAAACCCAAGGAGCACAACUGAUUCUGCCAGUAGCCGUCCUGCAUGCUGCUGCAUUUGCUCUUGGUUAUUGGGUGUCAAAAAUAUCAUUUGGUGAAUCCACAUCUCGUACUAUAUCCAUAGAAUGUGGGAUGCAGAGUUCUGCCCUUGGAUUUUUACUUGCCCAGAAACAUUUUACAAAUCCCCUCGUGGCUGUGCCUUCGGCUGUUAGCGUCGUCUGCAUGGCACUUGGUGGGAGUGCUCUUGCAGUGUAUUGGAGGAAUAGGCCAAUUCCUGUUGAUGACAAAGAUGACUUUAAGGAAUGAAAAGUGUUGUCCCUGCUGCCCUUAUUGUUGCUUUGACUAGUAUUGCUAUCAAUGGAUGGAAAAAUUCCACCUUGUUUUAUAUUUUAGCUGUAUCAUUUGCACCCAUUUUACUUCAAUUUUAGGGACUGGUAGAGGUUUUAGAAUUGAGGUAGAUCAUAAGCCUUAAAUUUAGGAUAUGCAUGUUAAUUGAAUUUCUUGUUUUACAAUAAGAAACCGUAUAAAUUUAUGAUGGGCAAGUGAUUUGUCGUACUAAUUGGUUCAAAA